CUUCGGACAUCGCUCGCCUGUAACGGUAUUAGCAGUGUCGCGGUCAUUUAGUGUUCUUCUCUCUGCGUCUACUGAUGGUCAAAUCAUGCUUUGGGAUCUCAACCGCCAAACCUUUGUUCGAGAGCUUCCAGCCAAAGGACAUGUAGAUUGUGCGAGAAUCAACGAUGUGACAGGAGAAAUCGCAGUCUGUCGGGGAAGACGUAUCAGCCUAUACACACUCAAUGGAGAAUUAUUGCUAGACCAGGCAGUGUGCGAGUCAGACGAUGAUCAAGUGAUGUCCUGUGUCUUCUACGAGGGCGUAAACAAUGAGUGGCAGGAGCGAGAGCUUCUCUUCACUGGCCACAGACGAGGCGUCGUCAAUAUAUGGAGUAAAAUCGUCCACAACGGACGCUUCGAAUAUGAGUUAAUUCGGCAACUUCAUCAUACUGACAGCACUCGUGAUACUGGCGCCAAUAUUUCCUCCGGUAUCAGCUGUAUUCUCACGCUUCCACAUGUGGUCUAUACGGGAGAUGAAGCGGGGAAAGUGUAUGAAUGGAGCUGUGUCCAGCGGCGCUAGAAGGAUAUCCAACGCUCGACUACCCUAUCGCCCACAAGACCCGUACAAACUCAACUUUGGAAUAGUCGAAUAUAGCAUAUCAGCUUUCUACGGUCUCUCUCUCUUUUCCAUUCUGCCCAUUU